ACUGUACGGCGAGGCCGGGCCGAGGGAGCUCUACAGUGAGUGACGUCACCUCUCCCAUGGCGUCACAUUGACGUAGCGCAUACCAGGCGCUCUAUGAGGAGGCAGACUCACAUAAAUGCUGUAUUAGACUUUCUCCCUCAGACCGCGCGCAUAAACAAUCCCGCACUACGGCUUUACAUCUGCGCGCAUCAUCACUGGCACAUACACAGGAUCACUCUGAAACACACUUUUAAAACACACAUCGGACUAUAUUCUAGCCUACUUUCCUUUAGAAUAAUUAAAAGGAAAAACAAAAAGAAAGAAUAACUUUUUUUUCUUCUGUCGCUUCAUCCUCAACGAGUUCUGCAAAUAUACGUGUUACUUUUCAGCAGCUUUGGUAAUUUUUGUAAUUAUUCUGGAUCUAUACAGGAGACUUUAUGUUGGGUUAAUAACACAUGUAAAGACGGAACCGCUACAGCAAACAAACCCGGGUUCGGAAGAGCGCGCCCAGCCGAGCUCAGAGCCCCGGCUACCGGACAGUCCCUUCGAGUCCUCCCCGCUCCCGGUCCCCCACCACAGUCGCACCAGUCCCCAGCCCCCCACACAGAACACCAUUCAGCGCGAGGCUUUCACACCAGAUCUAUGGCAUUCUGACAAUGAACAAGCACGCUCAGUUUUUGGAACGGAUGCAUUGUGUCCAGUUGAAAUGCACACCUCGAGACAUGCCUUGUGUGCAGGCACAGUAUGGGCCCGCACCUCCAGGCUCGUCCUACUCCGCCCAGUCCUUUGGUUACCAGGGCGACAGCUACAGCUCUGACCUCAUGACCCCGGACUAUACCAAGUUGGACUUGGGUGGGGGUGAGAUCUCGGCGGCCGCCACCACCUCUCUGCCCAGCUUCAACGUGUUUGUUGAGGGGAGCUACGAGCCCAAGUCCUCCUGCCUAUACCAGAUGCCCUCUCAUAGGCCGCUUAUCAAGAAGGAGGAGGAGUCCUACCCACAACCUGACACCUUGCCCUCCUCCUCCAUGUACUUUAAACAGUCUCCUCCGUCCACCCCCACCACCCCCUCUCUCGCCCCCCAGCCUGGCUCCUCCUUCCUCUGGGAUGACUCCCCCCACCUCUCUCUGCAGCCCCCCUCCCACGGCCCCCUCAAGUCCGCUCGCUUCCCCCACUUCUAUCAGCACUCCCCUCCCCACAGUGGGGGGUACGAGGGGCUGGGAGGGGGGCUGCCUCGCUCUUCCUCCUCAUCCUCUUCCUCGUCCUCCUCAGUGCCCCCCCACCCCCACGGCCCGCCCCUGGAACAGCACCUGUACCAGCUGCACCGCGGGGUUGGGGGUCCGGGGGGCCCGGGAGGACUGGCCUUCCGUUCUCUGGCGCUGGGGUCCUGUAACCCUCUGCUGGGGGACCGCCUGCCCUCGCCCCCCCAUCGCGGCCCCCCAGGAGAGGGCACCUGUGCCGUGUGUGGCGACAACGCUGCCUGCCAGCACUACGGCGUACGCACCUGCGAGGGCUGCAAAGGCUUCUUCAAGCGUACGGUGCAGAAGAAUGCCAAGUAUGUGUGCCUGGCCAGUAAGAACUGCCCGGUGGACAAACGGAGACGCAACCGCUGCCAGUACUGCCGCUUCCAGAAGUGCCUCAGUGUCGGCAUGGUGAAGGAGGUGGUGCGUACAGACAACCUGAAGGGCCGUCGAGGUCGUCUGCCCUCCAAACCAAAGAGCCCGCUGCAGGUGGAGUCCUCGCCUCCCUCGCCUCCCCUCAGCCUGCUCUCUGCUCUGCUCAGGGCCUACUCACACUGCACUCCCAGGGAACUAGACUACAGCCAGUUCAGUGCGGCGGAAGCCCCCUCCUCCUCCUCUGACACCCAGUACAUACAGCUCUUCUAUAGGCUGCUCACCAUCUCCAUGGAGACCACGCGUUGCUGGGCCGACCGGCUGCCCGGCUUCAAUGAGCUUCACGGCGAUGACCAAAACCUUCUCAUAGACUCCGCCUUCCUGGAGCUCUUCGUCCUGCGAUUGGCCCACAGGUCUUUGUUGUCGGAGGAUAAGCUGGUGUUCUGUAAUGGCCUGGUGCUGAGCAGGUUCCAGUGUCUGAGAGGUUUUGGAGAGUGGCUGGACUCCAUCAGAGACUUCUCCUCUCAUCUACAGAGUCUCAACCUGGACACAUCCGCCUUCUCCUGCCUGGCUGCCCUGGUGCUGCUCACAGAACAGGUCCCAGGACUGAAGGACAGUAAGCGCGUUGAGGAGAUGCAGAACAAGGUGGUCUGUUGCCUUAGAGACCACCUGGGCUUUGGCCCCUCCUCCUCCAAGGCCACGCCCCCUCUAAGUCGUGUGCUGGGUGUUAGGGCGGAGCUCCGCUCCCAGAGGACCCAGGGUCUGCAGAGGAUCUUCUACCUGAAGCUGGAGGACCUGGUCCCACCCCCACCUCUGAUUGACAGGUUCCUAGACACUCUGCCCUACUGAUGCUGCCUGGGCUGAUUACGCCCACACAUACGUGUCACAUCCUGUUUAAGACACUCCCCCCCCCCCCCACCCCCCAGAGCAUCACGCAGCCACGCUCAGAAGAGCAAGACUCACUGAGCUACGCUGAGAGACAGCCAAUCAAAUUGCUUUUCACUCAUUAAGGACAAUCAAUCAAAAAAUGCUUUUCACGCCAUAAAGACAAUUAUUCAUAUUCUUACCAUUUUCUAUCUGGUCCGUUUUUCUCGUGUGAUGGGAGGAUUUGAAAGGAUGACAAAAAAUGAAAGUGACAUUUCUCUGUCCUGUUUUAGUCUGGUUAUGCCUGAAGGAGGAAAAUAAGACCCAGGUCUUUGUUCUGGACUGGUUUGGCCUGCUUCAGUCUGGUUCGGUUCAGUCUGAAGUUCAUAGCACUCUGUCCUAGGGGGAGGGGAAUGCAGUCUGUGUGAGUAACUGUGUGACGCUCUGAUGAUGUCCCAGGGAAACAGAAGCUGCGUUUUUUUUGUGUUCCCUCUGCGAAAUUGGAGGAAGGAGACAUUUAAAUAAAAAAAGGUAUCGUCAGUCAAGACGACGUA